ACCUUGUCCUUCAACAAGACGUACCGAAUGGCGGCCAAUUUGACCUUGAUCUUCAACUCUGGACGUCCCCAGGAGAUGGUCAUUUACAAGUCUAUGGACAAUGGUGCCACUUGGGUGCCUCUCCAGUACUAUGCCAGAGACUGUGGCAAGGAGUACCCCAACAUCCCCAACCGCUAUCGGCGCUGACAACUUGACGGCGGUGAUCUGUGCGGAAGCGUACAGCAAAGACACCGGAAACCCGAAGCCUGGCGGGAAGGUCGACUUUCCAGGUCCGGGUGAAAGGAUUAAGGUUAAGACCCCGGACGAUGCAAUGUAUUAUGCUGAGCUGGAGAAUAUCAAGAGAUUCUUCGAGUUCACAGACAUUCGUAUACUACUGUUAUACCCCGCCACUGAUUACAAGGAAGCAAGUAGAAACAUGAUCGACUUCCUCCGAUACUACUAUGCAAUCUCGGACAUUACCGUCAGGGCAACUUGUUCCUGCAACUUGCACGCGGCCUCCUGCAUGUCCACCCUGAACGGCGACACCGUCUGUGAGUGUCAGCACAACACAGCCGGGAAGGACUGCGAACGAUGUUUGCCUCUCUAUAACAACAAACCAUGGCGGGAGGGCAGCUUCCUUCCAGCACGAGUAGGCACUGCGAAUGCGUGUGAAAAAUGUGAAUGUAACGACCACGCCCUCAGCUGCACCUUCAACUCUACGCUGAACUACGGCAAAUGCGACAACUGCCUCCACAACACGACGGGAAUGAUGUGUGAGGAAUGCCUGGACACCUUCUACCCAAAUGUUGCUCUACCCCUAAACGACACCAACGUCUGCCCACCGUGCGACUGUGAGCGCGACGGUCUGUUGAACCCUGCUGACACAAAGUGUCAGAAAAACAGAACCCAGCCGAACAUCGGUCAGUGCACGUGCAAGGCCAACGUGACCGGUCGUCGCUGUGACCAGUGCCAGCCCCAGUACUACGGCCUCUUGCUGGCCGAAUCUCCGGGCACCUGUAAACCUUGUGCCUGCAACACGAAGGGGACACAAAACAACAGCAACAUCUGUGACAGCAGUAACGGCCAGUGCCCCUGCAAAACGUCAAUCGAGGGGCGACCCUGUGACAAAUGUAAAGCCGGCUACUUUCAGUUUCCAGCCCUCUCCAGUGAGGAAUGUCGAAGUUGUGCUUGUGAUCCCGGUGGGUCGACGACGAUGUCAUGUGAUGAUUUUGGAAUGUGUACUUGUGUCCCCCAUGUCACCGGCACAAAGUGUGAGCAGGCCGAACGUUACUUCUUCGUUCCAUCUCUGGACGAGUUCAUUCUCCAGCCAGAGGGGGGCACGUGCAGCAUAGAUGGGGAUCUGUGGACUCCCCUCAAACCAUUUGAUGGAACCACCUUCGCCACCUGUCCGCCAAGCGGCGAAAAGGUCGUGGAAUUCAAAUACCUAGGCGUUAAUGAGCAGUUCAACGUCACAUGGCCAUACCAAGUCGGCGUUCGAUAUUCUCUGGGAGGCGUGACGGCGCGAGUUGGUGCCAGACUGGAACUCACUGCCACCGGAAAUACACAGCAGAUAACGGCAGGAUCAUGUGGAAUAACGUUUGGACCUGUCGCUACCUUAACAAUGAACCUCGAACCUGGUCAGUCCACUGCAGUGAUGGCAAGCCCACCCGUGACCAUUGACAGGAGAUGCGCUUACACCCUGAAGCUGACUCUCCCAGACCACGUGAACGGCACUGACCCCACCCUCAUCGACUCCCUCAUCUUUCUGCCCUCCCUCAACGACAGCGCACAAGCGUUCAGAAUCACGGCAGAAAGUAGCUCCGCUGCCUCACAAUACACGAGCACCUGCAUGGGUCAGUUGGCAGCGCUAUUGUCUCGCGAGACCGCCAUCAGAGACACCCCGUGCAGUAAGGUGUUGUACACCGUGUCGGCAGAGGUCUACAAGGAAGGGAAAGCAUGUCAAUGCAGCCCUGUUGGAACGCUUGAUACCACGUGUGAAAAUGGUCAAUGCGAUUGCGCCCCUCUUGGUGGUCAGUGCACGUGCAAGCCGGGGGUUGGAGGACGCCGCUGUGACGUCUGUAUGCCCGGCUACUACAAUCUCUCCUCCAGUGGAUGCACAGCCUGUGACUGCGGCCCGUACGGAUCUGCCAAUGGUGCUUGUAACAUCACCACUGGGCAGUGCAAGUGUCUCCUCAACAUUGCUGUUGCUGGGCAACUGGACGCGAGCGGAAACGCCAGUGACACUCAGUGCCGCGCAUGUCUGGCUAAUUACUAUGGUUACGGACCAAAUGGUUGCGUUGACUGCGGAUGCAGUAUCGAUGGAGCAACUGGACAACAGUGCAGUUUGGUUGGACAGUGCCCGUGUAAGCCAACGAUUGGUGGAAUGAAAUGUGACGUUUGUGAAGAUUCUUACUACAACUUCAACGCCAGUGGCUGUCAGAAAUGUGACUGUGACCCUAACGGUAGCACGGCCUUGACCUGUCAAGCUGCAUCCGGGGUCUGCAACUGUAAGGACAACGUCCAGGGCAGCAAGUGCAAUCAGUGUAAAGCGGGAUUCUUCAAUCUGGCGGGAUACAAUCCUAGAGGCUGUCAGCCUUGUUUCUGCUUCAACCAUAGCACCGCCUGUGCAGCGGCUGACGGCUUUACUGAGAACAACAUCACAUCGGCGACAACUACUGGAUGGACUGUCGAUGGAACCAGUAUUGUUGCACCGGAAGCUUACCUUGGAGACAAAAGCUCCUCUUAUGGCCAACUGAUCAUUGCUGAUAUGUUCCUAACGGGGGGUAAUGUCUCACAGGAGUCGCUCAUUACCGUGCGAGGAGCUGGGGCGGAACUUGUGUAUAGGCAUUUGGCGCCGACUACAGCCGGUAGGAACCUCAUCCAAACAAGACUGUUUCCCGAGAACUGGCUCCUCAACAACCAGAAUCCUUCCCCGAACCAGAUGUACAAUAUUCUCUCAUCUAUAACACAUCUGAUGUUCAAAAAACGUGAUAAACUCAACUCCAACAGACGUUUCAGCUGUAACCAUGGCAACGGCGACAGCCUCUGCUGGCAUCACGGCUCAACUUGGCGCUAGUUUCGUAGAGAACUGCACUUGUAAUGUAGCAGACAAAGUUGGUGGUUUGUCGUGUGAGAGUUGCGGUGAAGGUAAUAGGCGUUCCGCACCCGUGCAGAAUGACACUCGCUUCGACGUAUGCGUGGCGUGUGACUGUAGCGGACGGACUUCCGG